CGAGCCGCACAGCUCCAGGUGAAAAAUGUAGAUUUCAGUUGCGUUUCAGUAAUUUUCAGUGUUUCGUUAUCAAAAUUUGUAAAAUAAUGGUGUGUGGAACUGUUAGAAGUGGCAAUGUAGGUCGGAUUGAUUGGAAAAUGUUGUAAAAGUGGGUUAUGGCUGUGACCUCAUGGCGUACCCUUAGCAGACGACGUGGGAGUAUCUAAAAUAUAAAAUUCCAGUCAAAAAGGAAGAAAAGGACUUUAAAGUCAUGUCUCCGCUGCUGAUCCUGGUGCUGGUGACCCUCAGCCAGGGGUUCCCGCAGAAGCCGAACCUGGACGCGAUCCUGAACAGAAGGACCGAUGUCUAUAUCGCGGGCUUCUUCCCAUUUGGGAAGGGCGUGGAGAAUUCUAACACCGGUCGUGGGGUGAUGCCGAGCGUGAAGUUAGCUUUGGAUCACGUCAAUGAACACGACUCCGUACUGCGCAACUACCGGCUUCACAUGUGGUGGAACGAUACAGAGUGCAAUGCUGCAGUCGGCGUGAAGUCAUUCUUCGAUAUGAUGCACAGUGGUCCCCAUAAGCUAAUGCUAUUCGGGGCUGCGUGCACCCACGUCACUGACCCCAUUGCCAAAGCAUCCAAGCACUGGCAUCUUACUCAGCUUUCGUACGCGGACACCCACCCGAUGUUCACGAAGGAAGCCUUCCCAAACUUCUUCCGCAUUGUGCCUUCGGAGAACGCCUUCAACUUGCCCAGGAUCAGACUGCUGCAACACUUCAACUGGACUAGAGUUGGGACUAUCUAUCAAAAUGAGCCCAGAUAUGCUUUGGCCCAUAACCGUCUGCUUGCUGACCUAGACAGUAACGGAUUCCUCAUAGAAGAAACCCAGAGUUUUGCGACGGAGGUGAAGACUGCGUUGGCUAAGCUCAAGGAGAAAGACGUUAGGAUCAUCUUAGGAAACUUCAACGAGACUUGGGCUCUCCACAUAUUCUGUGAGGCGUAUAACCUUGAAAUGUACGGGCGAGCGUACACCUGGCUUCUCCUGGGCACCUACAGCAACAAGUGGUGGAUGAGGCACGCGCCCUGCUCAAAGAAGAACCUGACGGCAGCACUGGAUACAACCAUCCUAACUGAUUUACUUCCACUUUCCACCACAGGAGAGAUGACCGUUUCUGGAAUUACAGCCAAAGACUACCAAGUGGAAUACGAUCGUAGAAGAGGCUUAGAGUACUCCAGAUUCCAUGGCUACACUUAUGAUGGUAUCUGGGCGAUGGCGCUGGCGAUCCAGACGGUGGCUCAGCGAGUCAGGUCCAAGUACAAAGAGAAGACGGUCCAGGAUUUCAAGUAUAGGGACAAGGAAUGGGAGCAACUCUUCCUGGAUGCUCUCAGCAAUGUCACCUUUGAAGGUGUCACGGGCCCAGUUCGUUUCUAUGACAACGAGCGUAAGGCCUCGAUCCUGUUGAAGCAGUUCCAGGGAGAAGGGACGGGAGAAGUGAAGGUUGGGGAGUAUUGCGCGGAGAGAGAUCACCUUGAUCUAAUCAGUGGAGAGCCAUUCAAGUGGUUUGGCAAAAACCCACCCAAGGACCGCACUCUGAGGUUGAUCGAGCACACGCAAGUGAACAUCACCAUCUACUCCAUCCUGGUGUCUUGCUCUGUGCUUGGUAUCCUGCUCGCCACCGGGUUCCUCGCCAUGAACAUACACUACAGGAAUCAAAGAUACAUUAAAAUGUCAUCUCCUCACCUGAACAACUUGAUCAUCGUAGGAUGUAUGCUGACCUACCUGAGUGUCAUCUUCCUCGGCCUCGACUCCAGCCUCAGCAGCAUCGGUCUUUCUCAGGACACGCCGCACGGAGCGGCAUUUCCUUACAUCUGUACCGCUAGAGCUUGGCUUCUGAUGGCGGGAUUCAGUCUGGCUUUUGGAGCCAUGUUUUCCAAGACUUGGCGAGUCCAUUCCAUCUUUACUGAUGUCAAGCUGAAUAAGAAGGUCAUUAAAGACUACCAGCUCUUUAUGGUGGUGGGAGUGCUUCUUGCAAUUGACCUGGCCAUUAUGACCACCUGGCAAGUCUCAGACCCUUUUUACAGGGCUACGAAGCAGAUGGAUCCUUAUCCACAUCCUUCGAGUGAAGAUAUCGUCAUAGUCCAGGAGAACGAGUACUGUCAGUCAGAAAGAAUGACGAUUUUCAUUGGCAUAAUUUACGCUUAUAAAGGACUAUUAUUAGUCUUCGGCGCUUUUCUCGCCUGGGAGACACGUCACGUAUCUAUCCCAGCCUUGAAUGACUCUCAGCAUAUCGGCCUAUCAGUAUACAACGUGCUCAUCAUGUGCAUCAUGGGAGCAGCCAUCACACUCGUUUUACAAGAUCACAAAGACGCAUUGUUCGUCCUCAUCGCAAUCUUCAUCAUUUUCUGCACAACAGGCACUCUGUGUCUGGUGUUUGUACCAAAGUUACUUGAACUACGCCGUAACGGGCCGGGUGGUGCUGGCACAGGCCGUAUCCGGGCCACACUUCGACCUGCCUCUACGCACGAGUGUCGGUCGCCGGGACCGGAGCUUGAGCGUCGUAUGAAGGAGCUGCGACAGUAUAACAAUCGUUACCGUCGCACGCUGCAGGCAAAGGAGAACGAGCUGCAGAUGCUACUGAGUAAACUUGGAAGCGAUGCCAGUUCGGAGUCUUCCACCACGCGGGACUCUCGAUCACCAGCUCCUUCGAGGACCAGGCUCCCAGUGCCGAAGGAGAACAUCAGUCAUCCUGAAACCAGUGACAUAACAUCAGUGUGCAGCCUGAGCGCGUCAGCAGGUGCUGAGGCAGAGUACAUCAACCUGCAGAACCAGCAGAACAUUGAGAAGACAAAGCCUUCAGCACCUCCAGAGCCUCUCAAAGAUCCACCACCAAAGGAACCCAAGAAGGAGCAGACGAAGAACGUCUCCUUCAAGAACCACUUGGACUACACCAGCCCACCUUCUUCCAAAGCUGUUCCCGAAAAGGACCAGCUUGCAAAGCUCCCGUAUGGCGGGUGGAGUGCAGAGGAACCAUCAGAGCCACCGAAAUCCAUGAAGGCCCCCGAACCAGCGAGAGCGGAGGCGAAGACAAUACCGGCUCUGAAGACCAGUGACACUCCAACAGUCAAGUCCAUACCAGCCAAAGUGCAGGAACCUAUGUACACUAAGGCCGCCACACCUAAAGUAAACAAGACUCCUGAACUUCAAAAGAAGAUAGUCAAGACACAAGACUCUCUAUCAACAAAGACCACACCAUCGAGGGAUCACAAGCCUCCACCUCGAGGGCACAGACGGAUGUCCAGUGUCAGUCAGGCAGCGCUACUGACUGAUCUGAUGCAUGUGUCUGUUGACCAGGAUGACAUAGAACCACCUCCAGGAAUGGAGAGAAAGGUCAUAGGUCAAGAAAGAGAUCCAGUGCCUGUCAUAAAGCCUAAGGUGGAACCAGAAGAUAUUCUGGAUGUAGAUCAUGAUUACUCUUCGACAGAGAGAAGAAAAUCUUGUCAGAGAAGAGACUCAGAAAAAAGAAAGAAGGAGUUCAUAGUGGUACAGAGUGACUUAUGGGACACGAACACGUUCCAGUAUACCUGCCAGAAGUCUCCACCAGCAGGUGAGAGUGCCACAGUAAGUCACCAUCACUCUCCAAUGCAGAGAAGUGUGUCAGAAAAGAGUAGACAAUCACAGUCUUCACCUCAUCAUCACAGGGAAACUGACACAAGAAGUAUGGAAAGGAGAGCUUCAAAUGCUUCCAUAAAUUAUGCAGGCACUGGGACUGGUACGAGAGGUGGUACUCCUGAAGGGUAUCGAGAAGCGGAAACCCUUAGAAUGACAGAUAGGUUAUCAAAGCGACGAGGCUCAGAGUUCCCACAACCAGUUAGCACUCCUCCACAGCAGGCUCCAGCCAAGAGAAGACAGUCUGCAGCUCAUGUUAGAUCAUACCAAGAAGAGAGAAUGUCGAGGGAAGAAGAACGAAAGUCGAAAACAGAGUCUACACCCAGAAGACAUGACGAUAUACCUAGAAAGUCUGUGCCAGAACCUGUUCUGGAGACAGAGACCUGGAAACCUGAUCCUGACACCAUUAGAAUGGUGAAAAAUCAGGAUUCUCCUGCAAAGAGGUUGAGACAAGAAGCUGAGCCUUUAAAGAGGGCGAAGGGUGUGGGAGAUUCUCCAAGACUGACGCAGGCCAGUCACACGCCGAGACCUGAUCAUCAUAAAAGUAGUCCCAAUGUUGCGUCCAGGCACAAAACGGAUUCUCCAAGUAAGAGAGAAGACCGAAAAUCUACUGGCUACAGGAGUGACUCCAAGCGCCAAGAAUCAGUAGACCAGCGUAAAAUGUACACGGCAAGUUCCGAAUCAGAACUUUUUGAGUGCGCCAUCUUGCCAAUCUUCCACAAACUACUCACUGAGAGGCACAAGAGCCAACCACACGGACUCAAUCUGAGUUACGGAGUUAGCUGUCCGAAUAUAUCGAUAAAAUGCGAUAUAGUCGAGUAUUUGUAGUGACGUCACAAUUUAGCAAAUUAACGUAGCAGUGCUAGUAGAGAGUGUAAGGAAGUAAAUUCAAAUAAUAUAAUUUCAAUUAACAUUAACAAGAAAACAAUUGAUAAUUUGAUACUUACCUGAAGAUAAAAGAAAAUCUUUAACAUAAAUAUAUUUUCAAUUGUUUUUGUAAAAAUAUUCUUUUCAUUCUUGUCGCCACAACGCAACAGUACAACACUAGCUCUAGUGGUGCCCCACUAGAAAAUAGAUUUGACGAUAACUUUUUAAAUAAGUACUAGCUACUGCUACCUGUUAUUUUAUUAAUAUUGUGUAAUUAAAUGUUUAGGAAAAUGAUUGUCAUUUUGUCAAUGCAUUUGGCCUCUUAAUAUUGUUUCGAUAUUUUGUCAUUUGUUAGUUAACGUGACAGAUUGUAGUACAAGAUUCUAAAUAAAUAUUUUUAGAUAUGUAAAAAUUCAUCGACAAGUUCGCUCACGGGUCUUUAAAUGUAAAAUGUAAAAAGUAUCGAAAGUAUUAAAUUUUAACAUCGAAUAAGUGUAAAAAGAUUUAGUCGAAUUGCACAGGAUCUCUUAACGCACAACAAUGGUAUCCCACUGUUGGGCCAACUUCCUAGUUUAUUUUUCUUUGUAAUAUUUAUAGUCAAACGUUGUUAGAUUCAAUGUGUUCAGUUAUUUAUAUUAAAAUUUUAUCUAAUUUAUAGGUUACCUUUAUUACUAUUAAAAAUAAUCAUUUUUGCCGCCUGUUGUUAAAUUUUUUAUUGUAAUAAUGUUAAAGAGUUUACGUAUCUUUAUCGAUGAACCGAUUGUGUUACCUGUAUGAUUUAUCCUAUUUUAGAUAAGAAAGAUUUUGUCUAUUUGCACGUAAUUUUAAAGACUUGAUAAUUUGUAAGAUUGAAUAUAGGU